CCCAAAAACACAACUGUCGGAUGUAAACAGAAUGGAUGAUCUCACACCCUUAUUGCUGCCACCAUCAUUACCAUCGCCUCACAGCAGUGACUCGGACCUCUUCUACGGGUCAUCAUCGUCUUCAGAAUCAUCAAAGUCACUAGCAUCAUCAGAGUUACUAGACUCAUUAAAGCCACCAGGCUCACCAAACUCACUAAAAGCAGAACGGCUUGGGUUGACGCUUUAUCAAACAUGGCAGUCCGAUUCAUGGCGGGCCGAAGCAGAGCGAGCCCGAACGGUCGAAACUGCGACUCAAAUAUUACCCUUUUUGCGUCUCAGUAUGGAAUGCCGCAACAUGAUAUACAAGCUUCAUUGUGUGUGGUCGCCUUACACUGUCAACGAAAUCUCGUGCAGUGUAAUCUUAUCUCAUACACCUCUUCUUCGAGUCAGCAAACAGGUGCGUAAGGAGGCUAUGGACAUCUUCUGCCGAUUGAAUGUCUUUGCAUUGACGUCAACAUUAACCGUCAAUUCUGACAACGGGUAUCAACCAUACGACCAAAGACUGCGAUCUUUGCACGGGUUCCAAGCUAACUUAUGGACCUUCAAGAUACCGACCGGAGAUCUUGGAAAAAAUAUCAAGCACCUACGAAUCCACCUCCCAAUAGACGAGUUAUCGGAUAAAUGGAUCGUUUUUCCAGCCUUGAAAAAAUGCGGUUUUGACAUCCUGGAAUCGUUGACGAUUAUUGACAAGCAAAGAAAUGAGGUGGUCGACCUCGAACGUAAUACAUGCAGUCUUAUUAGCGUGUAUGAUCCUUCUAUUGAGCGCAAGCUUCUCCGCGGUAUUCGGAUUAGGACAGGCGGCUUGGUUCUGAAAAAUGUUGGCUAUACCGACGGGUUCAAACUCGAUGCCUAUCGCCACCACCGGCCGAAUCAAACAAUAGAAAGCGACGCCCUUUUGAAUUUUCUCCACAUAGACAUCUCACUUGACAUUUGCGCAUCCGGCAUGGGUCAGGGUUCAAGGUUGUCCCAAGGAGAACGCCGUAAGUCGAACGAGACGGUCGGCGUGGCCAUGUCGAUAUUGAUGGGACCAGAUGAGGGUGCGGAAGAUGAGGCGUCUAGGGAGAUUGCGCAUAUCUUCGAUACACCCAGAUUCGGCUUCAUUGGUCGUAUAUAUCGGGACAAUAUCGUGUAAGAAAGACAGUGGACAGCAGAGAUCGCAGUAUGAGGCGGCACUGGAGUCGUGUAUAGUCAUUUAAGGCUUGUAAUUGAGCCGUAAAUAUCAUGUCUUUGAAGUGAUGCACAUGUUGUGGGUAGCUGGAUUAUCUAUAGUAUCGUAGAAGUAGAAGACGUGUACUAUACCUCAAUCCUAUUGCAAGAAACGAAUAGUCAUACAGACAUGUGAUACCAUUAACCGUUGUCGGUGGAAGACAAACCUUUUGAUUGUAGACUAGACACGUUCUGUACAACGAGAGGGUGUUGUAGCCUUCCACCAGAAGAUGCCC